AUGAAGUUGAAUAACGAGACGGUGACGAUUGAGCUGAAGAACGGCUCUGUUGUACAUGGUACCAUCACCGGAGUGGACAUGCAGAUGAACACGCACUUGAAAGCGGUGAAGAUGACGAUGCGCAACCGCGACCCGACGUCGCUUGACAGCCUGUCAAUCCGCGGCAACAACAUCCGUUACUUUGUCUUGCCCGACGCUCUUCCCCUGGACACCCUCUUGGUCGACGACGCACCCAAGCCGAAGAACAAGAAGAAGGAUGAUGCAAGGGGCCGUGGACGGGGCGGCAGGGGUGGUGACCGUGGGCGCGGAAGGGGGCGUGGACGGGGGCGUGGACGCGGUUUCUAG